UUCAAGACGGCGCGCCAUAAAUACGCGCCCUUUCGCGACGCACAAUAAAUAACAAAUUUAUUUACAGGCCCUUAUACAAAUCAAUUAUACAAUAAUACUAUAAUGUAAACUAAGACUGUAUCGUCGACAAUAAAUAGUGAUAUCAUAAUAAGAUGUAAAAAGUGAAUGGAUGCGUAUUGUGUAAGCUAAAAGUGAAAGCCAGUCAGUGCGGCUAACGGAUCUACGCCGUGUGAACGCGUGUGACAGAAGAUAAAACCGCUAAAAACUGAUAUCUUUGGAAACCUCAUUCCUAAAGACAUAGGAAGGAAUAGGAUUAGAGAAUAGAUGCUCUUGGAGAGUUUUGGAUAAAAGAAAUGAAAUCUGGAAAAAUUAGAGUGUGCAUUUUGAAUUUGGAAUAGAUAUACGAAAAGCGUUGAAGACCACGAGGUUUUAUCACAUUUAGUGUAUUGCCGCCCCCGGCGAUCAGCCAAUGACGCUGAGGGUUCCGCCCCGGAGCGGUCCGACGCUUCUAGCGUUACUUCUUGUACUCUAUGCUGGGGUAGAGUGCCGGCGUCCAGAGCCGUACUAUGGCCGCAUAAUCGGACGCUUAACUCAAUAUGCCCACGGCAUACGAGGCACGGCAUAUGCCGUAGACGAGAACACAGUCUUUAUACGAGGCUUCGCAUACGAUGGGACUGGACCGGACGCCUAUUUCUGGAUUGGGGAUACCCCUCAACCUUCGCCAGAAGGCAUCCUUGUGCCAUAUCCUGAAGAUUAUCCUAGCAGAGAUCCACCGGUAUUAUCAGCACAUUCCAAUUCUGAUAUCCUUUUGCGGUUGCCAGGAGGCAAACGCCUUAGAGACAUCAAGUGGAUCAGUGUGUGGUGUCGUAGAUUUACUGUAAACUUUGGUGACGUGUUUGUCCCUCCCGGAUUGGACCCCCCAAGACCACGUGUACUGCCAGAGUUCAAGCGACUUGCUCACGGCCUGCGAUCUGGUAACAUUAGCGUGUUGGAUGCAAAGACGUUCUACAUUCCCAACUUGCAUUACGAUGGUGCUGGACCUGACGCCUACUUCUGGGUUGGGAACGGUAGUGAACCCAGUCCUUUUGGAACAAAGGUACCGAAUGAAAUGGGAUCCCUCAACCCUCUCCGAGGCUACCAAGGUGAGGAUAUAGAGAUCCAGUUACCUGGUAAAUUGACGGCUUAUGACAUCGACUGGCUUGCUGUCUGGUGUGUAGAAUACAGGCAUAACUUUGGUCACGUUUAUAUUCCUAAGGAUUUAGAUGUACCACCUGCGUUAGGACAGACGAAGAUUACUCCUGCUUGGUGGUAUAAUCCGACUAGUUCAACCACAUCUCAGACACCGUAUAGCUCUUCUAACAAUUGUAAGGAAAUUCUUGAUAAAAGGCUGCAAGUGCGAUGGGAGAUACAGGGCGACCUAAUCCAAAUAACGCUGGCUGCCCGUCUUCGUAAGGAGCAGUACAUGGCAUUCGGUAUUUCCGGUGCUGAAGGACGUGCUGCUAUGCUUAACGCUGAUGUGGUCGUAGCAUAUUGGGAUAAUAGAUCAAACCAGCCGCGUGUAGCAGACUACACGAUUACUCACCUUGCACAGUGUGAUGGAGAGAGAGGGGUGUGUCCUGAUGCUAGACUCAGUGGAAGCAACGAUGUGGUGCUUGUUUCCGGACAUCAAAAAGACGGUGUAACCACCAUAACUUACCGUCGUCCGAUUGCCGCGAAGGAGGCUUUGAAGGAUAAGGAAGUGCUGACGUCACGGUCUCAGUCUGUUAUAGCUGCUUUUGGGCCACUCAACUCUAGAUAUGAGGCUAAUGCUCACUCAUUUAUGGAUACCACUAGAAAUGAUGUCCAACUCGACUUUGGAGCCUUGAACGACAAUACUUGUGUUGGUUUGGCUGAACUUGAGGCGGGCGGACCGGCACCUUGGCCAGCUCGAAUAAUCGCUGGGGUCAGCAACUUCACAGCUCGGAUUGGUCCUGCAGGUGGUAGGAGAGGAUACACUCCUAUUACUGACAAUGAAACCAUAGAGGGAUUUCUGCCAUAUGGACAUCCAUCUUGGGGUAUCGCCUGGUAUAUCAAUGAUAUGUUGAUCCCUGAAAUUUACGUGGAGCGCGGGAAAACGUACACUUUUUUGGUAGAAGGUGGUGACGAUAGGACGAACCCGGCUAAGUUCCAUCCAUUCUACAUAAGCGAUUCUUCAGAAGGAGGAUUUGGACAAAAGCGUGAGGAGGAUCAGAGGAAGCAACGAGUGUUUGCGGGAGUCGCUUAUGAUAAUGAGGGAUACCCAUACCCAACAGCUGUGGGAAGAUACUGCGAAUGGACCCACAAGACAACAGACCAGUCAAGCACUUCUGAAACCUUUGAAGAUUACCUUCAGACUCUGCAGCUGGAGUGUAACGAAGGUGAACCUGCUGUAUUGGAAUGGACUGUCGCACACGAAACCCCUGACUUGCUUUAUUACCAGUGCUACACGCAUAAUAACCUUGGCUGGAAGAUCCAUGUAGUUGACCCAGGGACGCAAAUACACCUUCCGGGCCAAACAGGCGUCUGCUCAAGUUUAGCGCCAUUACCGCUGUCAAUUAUCGCGCCAAUUCUGACAGCUGUCAUCUAUGCACGGUUUAGAUAAAGGGAACAUAUAAUAUUGUCGAGCUCUGGUUAAUUUUUUAAAGAAUUGUUCUCGCUUUCUGAGAUUACCUACUCUGUCCAAAUAAAUUAAUAUUUUUGUACGUGGUUGUAUAAGUCAAUCGCCGUACCAAAAUAUAUUUUUUUCAACACCAUACCUAUGCUUGUAUAGAAUUACUAUAGCCUGAGGCAAUUAAUAGUGAAUAGACUACAAUGGUUGAAAAUUAGUAAAAAACCAGAGCUCCUUUCCUAUAAUUGUACAGAUUAUGUUAUGAAAGGGUAUUUAAUGUCAAUAUACAAAAUAUCAAUUUCAUAUCAAAAUUAAAACGCAUAUUUUGUGCAUCUAUCUUUACAUUUUAGACUUAUUUGAAGUUUGUAGACCUAUUUAGAGAUUUUAUUCAUAGAUAUAAUUGUAUGAGAGAAAGAUGAUGCGUCUUCUCUCUUUUCGUAGUAUA